UAUGAAGUAAACAUUCAACAUGGAAGCUUUUCUAUCAGUUUCAUCCGUAUUUUAGGUCAAAUAAAUAGUUCACGAUGUGUGAAUAAAUGUAGAAGGAUCUUAAUAACAUCUUGUGAAAAUGUCUUCAGAAAGGGUGGAAUGGGUGGAAAUAAUAGAGCCCAAAACAAAGGAGCAUAUGUAUGCUAACCUAACAACAGGAGAGUGCGUUUGGGAUCCUCCGGAGGGAGUUAAAGUUAAAAGAACUGACUCAUCACAAUGGUGGGAACUGUUUGACAUUAACACACAUAGGUUUUACUACUAUAAUGCUUCAACACAGACUACAGUGUGGCACAGGCCUACAGAUUGUGACAUCAUUCCAUUAGCUAAACUACAAACAUUGAAACAGAAUACAGAUCCACAGAAGAGAAGAGAAUCUGCUACACAGACCAACAUUGCAGCAUCUCAGGUUCCUGCAAUAGAUCCAGUCAGUAGCAAUGGAAAUAGCACGAUGGCCAGUGCCAGCAAGCACUCCCCAAGCAAUACAAAAAAUGUCACAAUUACACAGACAAGUCCAGUGCGAACGAGGAGAUCACACUAUCACCAUAGAAAUAGCGGAGAGAGUAGAAGAGGAAGGCUCAGUGAAGACGGCUCCACUCAGCUGUGUCGGCAUACGGACUCCGGGAGAUCGUCUGAUAGCAGCAUAAGUAGCGCUCAACAGAGGCGGAAACAGGAGUUGAGCGCGAGCGUGGGCGGCGCGGCGGUGUGCACGCCGCAGCUCCGCAAGCGAAGCAGCGCGCAGCCGCACGAGGCUGACAAAUGGUCGCCGCAUACUGGCUUAAAUCGAAGUGGCAGUUUUAUUUCACCACGGAAAGAUGCAUCAGAUGAUUCAAUGCACGAGAAAUAUUUCAAGUCUGUUGAGAGUACUCCUUUGACGAGACGUAAGCUAAAACAGCAGUCUGGCGGCGGUUCAUCCUGCGAGUCCGCGUCUCCACAAAGUCCUAGCAGUCCGUUGCAAAAACCUCAACCCACGCCGUUCCUACAGCCGUGUGCCGCUCGUCCGUCGCUGGUGUCGUCGAUAUCGCUGGCGACUGAGGCGGCCGGCCGCGCGCUGCACAGCCUCGAGCGGCCGCAGCAGCUGUCGCGGCACUCGCGGGACCGCUACUCCGACAGACACCUGGACAAGGACCGAUUAGCGGAAUUGGAGCGCAUGGACAGGUACCCGGAGAAGCAAGCGGUGUACAGCGCGGACAAGCCCUUCAGGCAGACCAGUCUGGACCAGAGGCACCACUGGCCCAGGCCCAGGGAGUUCACCAGAAGACAGCAAGCGGAGCCCGAGCGGUACUCGUCCAGCAAGACGUCGGUGUCGUCCGGCAGCAGCAAGCACAGGUCUCAAGAGCCUCACCACAACUUCAUGCGGCUCUCCUCUGCCAAUGAACAGGACAACAUUGCCGCUGUGAACUACAAGUUAAAAUGCGUGAAUUUGGAGCCUCCGCUGACCGAGCCGAACGUGCAGAAACACAACCAACGGCUCGAGAGGAACUCCACUCCGCGGGACCGCACCAAAUCGAAACGUCACAAACGUCCGACAGAAUUGGAAGCGCCGCCGAUGGACGGCGAGGAGGAAGAGGAGGACGGCGGGGGCUCCCCGCUCUACUGCAACUGGGACCUUCGCGGCAUGCAGCAUCUGUUGCCGCUGCAGGACUACAUCAUACAGCAGGCCAAGUUGUCCAGCCGCAGCCGCUACGGCGGCGGUUCCGGGUCGGACGGCGAGUCCGGCUCGUCCCGGUCGCGGUCCGGCUCGGAGUCCCGGUCGCUGUCCGGCCACGAGCCGGACAACGAGUCCUCGGACGGCGGCGCUCGGACCCCCGAUGACGACGAUGGCUCAGGCGUCUACCUCCCACAUUCUUACGGACAUCGCCCGCAAGAUGUCGAGUAUAUGAACCAUGGUGUUUCCUAUUAUAACACCUUUGUUGGAUUCGAGAGGGAUCGACAGCCAUCGCCGGGGAUACAUCGGACGUCGUCGCUGGGCGGGGCGACUGGGGCGACUGGGGCGAGUGGGGCGGGCGGGGCGAGUGGGGCGGAGGGCGGCGCGCUGUACAGCCCCGUGCGCGCGCACGCCAGCUUCCCGCGGCCGCCGCCCCCCGAGCAGGACAUCGAGAUCUUCGCCAAGGACAACCUCAACUUCAACAAGGGCAUCUUCAGGAGAAAGGCUUCAGUUCGCGACAUGUUAUCGUGGACAUCAUCUUCAAUAAGUGCGCCCAUGGUGGGUGCUGACUGGGACAAAGCGCACAAGAAGGCGGCCAUUGACCUGUUCAGACUAGUCCAGAUUUACAUGGGUGAUAGGAAGGCCAGGCCCGGAAUGACGCUCAAUUCUGUAGCGCAAGAUAUUCUUCACGCCACAUAUGCUAAUGAAAAAUUACGCGAUGAACUGUACGUGCAGCUAUGUAGGCAAACGACAGAGAAUCCUCUGCGCGAUUCAUUGCUGCGUGGAUGGGAAUUGUUAGCAGUGUGCCUAGCGUUCGUGCCGCCGUCUCCAGCGUUCCAGCCGGCUCUGACGAACUAUGUCAAUCGACAUAGAGACCCCGCCUUCGCUGACGCCUUCCCAGAGGUUGGUAAAUGGCCAAUCCACGUACAAGUAUCGCACUACGCAGGCGUGGCGUGCAAGAGGUUAGAGCGGAUUGGGUUCGGAGGGAAGCGGCAGCCGAGGAAACCCAGCACAGAGGAUAUAGACCAAGCUAGAAUUCAAAUAUUCCGCCAAUCGAUGUUCGGCAACACGCUGUCAGAAGUAAUGGCGCUGCAAAAGGAGCGGUUCCCGAACCGACAACUGCCGUGGGUGCAGGUGGCGCUGUCGCAGCAGAUCCUGGCGCUGCACGGCCGCGACACCGAGGGCAUAUUCCGGGUGUCGGCCGACGUGGAUGAGGUUAACGCUCUCAAGGCCAAGAUCGACAACUGGGAGCUGCCUGAUGCUUCCACCCUCACCGACGCGCACGCACCAGCCAGCCUACUGAAGCUGUGGUACCGCGAACUGUACGAGCCGCUGAUCCCCGACGCGCUGUACGCGGCGUGUGUGGCGGCCGGCAGCGACUUCGCCGCCUGCACCCGCGCCUUGCAGCGACUGCCGCCGCUCAACAGGCUGGUACUCACAUACCUCAUAAGUUUCCUGCAACAGUUCAACGCUCCAGAAGUGGUAAGUCAGACCAAAAUGGACUCUGCUAACCUCGCUAUGGUGUUCGCGCCCAACUGCCUACGCUGUAUGUCGCAAGAUCCCCGGGUGAUCCUGGAGAACGCCCGCAAGGAGAUGACCUUCCUGAAGACCCUCAUCACCAACCUGGACACCUCACAUAUCCAGGAGCUUCUGUGACCGACGAAUCUCAGCUAUUGCAACAAUAACGUGCUCGAAUCGAGGUUUUAUGACUUCUGAACUGGUGAUAGUUUUCAAUUAAAAAAAUGGCUGAUUAAAAAAAAUACUGGCGACAACACUAUUUUCGCGAACGUUGGUCACUAAAUAGUUGAAUUUAGUUAAUUCAUUAGCAGUGUCACAAAUCAGUAAAUUUUAACUUUACAUUGUUUAUUUUGAAACUCUGAGGGCUUUGAGGACAUAGGACGUAAAAAGAAUCCAGUUCAUGACUAUGAUGACUAUUGCCGGUUAAACGAAUGAACUUUAUAUUUUAUUAGCUUCGAAAUGAAGAAUUUGGAUAUCACAAUGUGAUCUGGGCGUGUACUGUGACGGACUGUAAUUUUGGUGUCUAGUCGUAUGUGAUUUCAGUUGAUUUUUAUGUGAACAAUAUAACUCCAUCGUGGCACACGUCCAGUCCGCGCCAUCCCUCACAUUAUAUUUGACCUUCUUGUAUAUUUUUUCUAUUUUUGUACGCUACAUGAUAAUUUUACUUGGUUGUACCCAAAGAUAUUUAAUGAGAUGUGAUUUUAAUUAUAUUAGCUUUACAAAAGUGUAUGUGCAAUGUCUGGGGACGAGUCGUUAUAGGAACUAUUGCGCGGUUGUUAUUAUUAGUUAGUCUAUUAUUUAGGCGUAUGAGAGUUUUAUUUUAGUAAAGAAGAAUUUUUAUUUUUCUAUGAAUUAAAUCGUAUUCAGUGAAUCUUAUCAUUAGUAUGUUUCGAAUAGAAUUACUAAGAAACCUAAGAUCGAUUCGAAAUAAGUUUUUUUUAUUAAUAAUCUAUAUGUUAAAAAUUCAUGUAGAAUCUUAUCUUUCUAGAUUUCAGUUAAACUCAAAAAAAUCUCUAUCUAGAAUGUAAUGUAGUUAAAAAAAAAAACUAAUGUUUAGCGCAUGUUUCAUAGUGUCCUAAAAAGUUAAACGAUAUAGCCCGACUUGACUAUGUUAAUGAAUUAAAUCCCAUUAAAAAUAUCAAUCCAAAGAGAUAGUACCUUCUUGUAUGAAAAAUUUAUGAGCAAGAUUCUAUUUUACUUGAAAUAAUGUUGGUUGUUUGUAUCUAAACUAACAAAAUAAGAAAUAAAAUACUGGAAAAAAUAGAAUAAUAGAGGUGGGUAUAUAAACAGAAAUAUAUGAAGAAAGUAAUUUGUCCAGUCUGUUGAGUACUUUAAAAAUAAAAACGCUUCCAUUUUGCUAGUUCCACGAUUUGCCUUAAUUAUUGCUAAUAUUUUUAUCGAGUUUAAUAUGUCUGUUUAGUGAUAGAACUGAAAUCACACAGACGUUGUCUUAAGAUCGAUCACUGAUAAAUAAUUGUUAGGUACUUAUAAUUUUAGUUUAGUCGAAAUAGUGUGAAUUACAACUUCGUUUAUCUCGUAUGGUAGAUAAACUAUAUGCUUAUUAUAUAUUAACUAUUCUUGCUUCUCGUUAACACCUACGACUAUAGACAGUUAUAUGAAUUUAUAGUUCGAUGGGUGCGUUACAUUAACUUCAUGUUUUAAUAUCAUUUAAUAGUCAUUUAGUAUAUCUAUUCUAUUUUAUUUUGCAUCACCCCUUUUCCACCAAAUUUCAACUAUUAGUAAGAUAAUAACAUCAUCACAUUCUAUCGUUUAUUAGGUAAUUAAAAUAAUUUCUAUCGUAUUUUUUAUUAUCAGAUCUAUCACAAUUUGACGCAUUUAUUUAGGUAAGUGAUUAUUAGACAAAAGUGGUGUUAUUUUUAUUUGAUACCUAUCACUUUUGGUCUAAAUUAUAUUUUCUAUUAAUCUAAGCCAAUUCCACUGCAUAAGUGUUGAUUUGUCACAAUAUGCCGAUGUUUAUUUUUCAUACACCGCCCUAAGAUAUCUAAACAAUAUGGUAGAUCUAUAUACAUAAACAGAUAUGUACCUAGGUACCUUAAAGAUAAGUUUUUUGUAGGCAGCUUAUCGUUCCAAUAAAUUUAUAAUUUUCAUAGUGAAAUACUUUUUUAAAUAGCUUUUCCAGAAUAAUGAAGAAAAAAAAAACAUAAAUGAAAUCAUUAACUAGUAUAGGUAAAAACAGCUUUAAAUUAAGACUUGCUUGAGAUCUAGAUAUAUGACUUGAAGAUUCCUACAGUACUCGCCAUAAAUUCUUACUCUAAAGAAGAAUCAUAAAAGGAAUAUACUAAAGGGGAUAAAUGAUUCCCUCUUUUGAGUUGCUUCAUAAUUCCAACUUUGGUUGAAAGAAAGUUGUAAGAAAAAAACGAUGUAAGAAAGUUUACACUAUCUUGAAUAAUAAUUAUAUAUGUAACGAUUGUUGGUCGCGCGUGAUUGCGUUUUUGUAAAAUAAGGAUAUAUCGUCAAAAAUAUUUGUACCUAUCUAAAUAAAUAAUUAUACAUAUUAUUUAUGUAAAUGUGAAGAUAGAGAAUUUUCCAAUUGUGCAUUUUUGUAGUAAUAAAGUAUCUGCAUUUACUGCGAAUGCUAUAUUGUGAGUAUUUUAAUAAGCUUGAUACUAUUGGACUUACGGCGAUCACUACUGAGAUACUGUUAUACAUUAUAAAUAAUUGCAGUGAUUGUCUAUGACGGCAAAUCCACAUACAUAAUCUACUAUACUACCGCCUGAUAAGUCACAAACUUAAUUAACAAAAAUGUUCGAUUUUGAUUCGAUUAAAUGCUACAUUCAAAUUUUGGCCCAAUUGCAAAUAGUCACAAUUGCAAGUAGACAACAAAAAAUUGAAAUGUAUUCGAAUAUAUCACAGAUGCUAUCUUAUGUACCUAUUCCCUUUUGCUUACAUACUUGUAACUUACAGUAAAAUAAUCCAAAGGAUUAGGUAAAACCGUUCAAUUACAUACUAAUGCUCUAGGAAAUUACCGUAAAUUACAUGCAGAAAGUAAAUAAGAUGUAUGCCAUAGUCUCACCAUGAAUUAAAGGCAGAUAUUGGCCUAAAUAUUCUGCCUAAUUCUAGUUUGGCUUAGCAUAUAUUCAAGAUUGUGUAAUUGAAUUAGCUCAUUAAGUUACCUCUAUACUAGCAAUCACUAUAGUAUGUGGUAUUAACGUAAAGCUCAAAAUGUGAUUCACGCAGUCCUCUACUCUUGACCAAUGAAAUGCUUUUCAAAAGGGACACAUUUUUAUGUAUUCUGAAAUGUUAACUUUUCUUAUUAUGUCUACACAAAUGUUACCGUAACGAAAUAAGAAUCUAUUUUAAUGUGCCAUAAAAAGUAAAUAUUGACUUUAACUAUCUCACAAUUUUUAAUUUAAAUCUUUAGGUUGCUAAGUAGAAUUUCUAGAAGAAGUCUGGGUUAGUAAUCUCAGAUGUUUUUAAUUUAAAUGCAAGCUCUCUUUUUAAUUUUAUUAUUUGUACGGGCAGCAUUUUAUUGCACAUCUGAUUUGUGUAUUUACUGUUUUUUUUAUUGCACCCAUGUAGUGACGUAAUGGCUGCCAAGCUCCUAUACUAUAUAUAAUACCGACCGAUGAAGUGCUUGUAAUUCAGAUUAUGUAAAGUUGUAUAGUGCUUAUAAAUAAAUGAUUCACCAUUAUUAAAUUCCCUUUGUAUAUAUACGACGCCUAUUUUUUUUAUUUGUUGUUCAUGACAAUAUAAUACCCCAUGAUGUUCAUAAUGUAGAAUAUCAAUGUAAAUGUGAACAUUUGGGUGGAAUAAAACUCAUUUAUCCGGUGGAUAACUACAAUUAUCACAA